AACGUCAAACGUAACAACCAAAUCCAACCAAAUCAAUCAAUAUUAUUUACUUCAAAAUCAGCUGAAAUCAGUUUAAUCAGUUCUAAUUUGCCUAAAUUUUUUAGCAUGAACGUUUAAACUUUAAUUAGCUAGGUUACGCACAAUUGAAUUGAAUAAGUGACUGUUCAUAGGAAGUAAUGAAAUCCGUCCAUGUGCUACCGCUACCCUUUUACAAAACAUUAUUUGUCCUGCUAUGUGUAGCUUUGGUAAUAUGUCUGUGGAACGAGUUUGAUUUAGGCUUAGGCGUAGAUGUAGACGAAGACUUAGUAUUGAGCAAAUUAGAUAAUGUCACGGAAGCGGCCACGACACACAAAGUAUGCAAUGUGAACUUGGUUGACCGGCGCGCACACCUUGGGUCUCCUCCACACCGCAACCUGACAGUGAUAUACUAUGUGACUCCAACAUACCCCCGGCCCAACCAGGUGCCUGAGCUGACACGUCUGUCUCACUCGCUGAUGCAUGUACCUGGGCUGCACUGGGUUGUGGCUAAUGAUCAUGAUGCCUGUGAUCCCAGGGUCCACUCCAUCUUGCAGCGUUCCGGUCUCCCGUUCACGCACAUCUCGUCUCCGAAGCCGCCGCAGCUGAACCUGCUGCGCCUCAUGCCUCGCGGGGUCACCAACCGCCGCGCCGCGCUCCGCUGGAUCACCAGCGAGCCCCGGCAGGGCGUGCUCUACUUCGGAGACGAUGAUAACUCCGUCGAUCUGGACUUGUUUGAUGAGAUCAGGAAGACGCGCAAGCUGUCCAUGUUCCCGGUGGGGCUGAUCUCGGAGUACGGAGUGUCGUCGCCGGUGCUGCAGGGAGGGAAGGUGAUAGGUUUCUUCGACUCGUGGCCGGGCGCGCGCCGCUUCGCCGUGGACAUGGCGGGGUUCGCGGUGAAUCUCCAGCACCUGGCGCCGGCCGCCGCGAUGCCGUACAAGGCGGGGUUUGAAGAGGACGGGUUCCUCAAGAGCAACGGGUUCACGUUGGAGGAUGUGGAGCCGCUCGCUGAUAAUUGUACUAGGGUGCUAGUGUGGCACACUCGCAGCGUGAUCCCCAAGAAGAAGCAACUAAAGGUGCACUUAGACUCCGACCGACUGGACAAGUUCGACAAUCUGCGCACUCUGCUCACCACCGUGCGUGACAUGAACAUGGCGGGCCUCAGCCCCGACCAGGGCAUCUCGCCGUCCGUCUAUAACAACAGGUUCAGCGAAGGACUGGCCUAAAUAGGCCUAGGCCUUACGGUGGCGUUUAUACGAUAAGAGUAUGCUCGGUAUUAACUCGAUGUUAGUAAUAUAGAACAUUUUCUGAUCCAGCUGAUUGGCUGUUAAAGACGUUAAGAGUAGCAUCAGAAUACUUAUUCGGUCAGUGCGUACUCUUAUCAUGUAAACCCCGCCUAUCGGAUGAUCUUACACGUUUGACCUAAAGCUUUUCUCUCGCUAGCGUAGGUGUAGGUGUCUUAAGACUAUUCUGAGAUUAAAUUGUAAUAUUUAAGUAUUUUGGAUCUGAAUUAGACUGUGUAGUAAAAGAAUAUUAUACCAGAACAAUAUGAAUGACUGACUGAAGAAUAACUCAAUCUUUUAAAGAUAGUUCGCGUGUAUAUUUAAAGAUAUUAUUAUGUUAUGGAUUUGAAAUUAUGACAACGAACAAUUCGAACCAAUGCUAGUGCCGCUUUCUCUAAAUAGGCCGCUAUUCUAAUAUUUUAUCUCUAUCCUCUCCAUAUUUCUGAAUCUCUUGAUAGAACGAAUCUCUAACCUAUAUAACUAUAAUAUUCUAGUAACUAUUUUAAUGAAUCAUUUCAUCUUUCAUUAUGUACAAUCCUGGUUUUAAAAACAAAAAUGUUGCAAGAAAUAGAUAGCAGCAAAGGCGACUUAUAAAAUGAACGUAAUACUUAUUAUGAUUUAAUGAUAUUACUCUGAAAUUAAGGUAUUAUUUUUAUAAGUAAAAGUUACUUUUAUUACUCUUUAUUAGGUAGCUAAAAAAUACACUUGGAAUUUGUGAUAUCGGAAUUAGCUUUCUCUACGCAGAAUUAAAAAAACCUAGUCAAGCGAAGUGUAGAUAUUAUUUUAUUUGU